AUGGCGGACGAACCAGGACAGCCUCCGGCGCUAACAAACUUGAGUCUCGCCGAAAAGGCUCCUCAGUCAAAGGCGACAGGCCAAAUCGUCACCCCGUUCGAUGUCUCCGGAGGUGUUGAUGAGUCCGGCAAGCUCUUGCCUGUUGAUUAUGACAAAUUGGUGCGGGAAUUUGGCGCCACGCCUCUGACCCCGGACCUUCUUGAGCGCUUCGAGAAAGUCACUGGUCAUCGCCCGCACCGUUUCAUGCGCCGUGGCAUCGUCUUCAGUCACCGCGAGCUGAGCAAGAUCUUGGACCGCCAUGAGAAGGGUCAGCCAUUCUAUCUCUAUACAGGACGUGGUCCGAGUAGCGAUAGCAUGCACGUGGGACACACUGUUCCUUUCGAGUUCACAAAGUGGCUCCAGGAUGUCUUCGAUGUCCCCCUCGUCAUUAUGAUGACCGACGAUGAGAAAUAUAUGCAUUCCCAGAAGAUCGAGAUCGACGAUGUCAAGCGAUUCACCAAGGCAAAUGCGAGGGACAUCAUCGCUGUUGGGUUCGACAUGAAGAAGACUUUCAUUUUCAGCGAUUUUGAUUUUGUUGGCGGAGCCUUUUACGAAAACAUUUGCAGAAUGGCCAAGCGUAUCACCAUCAACCAGGUUCGCGGCACCUUCGGCUUCAAUGAUAGUAAUAACAUCGGAGAAUUCCACUUCUGCGCUACCCAGUCUGCGACGGCCUUCGCGACAAGCUUCCCCCAGAUCUUCGGCACUGACCGGAAGAAGGUUGCUUCAAUUCCCUGCUUGAUUCCUUGUGCCAUUGACCAGGACCCGUACUUCCGGCAAUGUCGAGAACACGCCGAGAAGAUGAAGUACAAGAAGCCUUCGCUCAUCCACUCUAUCUUCCUGCCUGCCCUCCAAGGCCCCGGCUCUAAGAUGUCUGCCAGUAUUGAUUCGUCUGCCAUCUUCAUGAGUGACGCCCCCAACAAGAUCAAGAACAAGAUCAACAAGUUUGCCUUCUCCGGCGGCCAGGAAACAACCGAGCUCCACCGUCAGCUCGGAGGCAACUCUAAGGUCGACGUGCCUUUCCAGUAUCUGACCUUCUUCCUCGAAGAUGAUGAGGAGUUGGAACGUAUCCGAACUGCCUACGAGAAGGGCGAGAUGCUCACUGGUGAGCUUAAGCAGAUCUGCAUCGCCGAGCUUCAGAAGUAUGUGCAGGGAUUCCAGGAACGACGGGCGCAAGUCACUGACGAUAUUGUGGCCGAAUAUAUGCGCCCACGUCCUUUGGAGUGGAAGGGAAACCCCAGCCCAGUAGUCGUUGAGAAGGAAAAGAAAUAG